GAACCGGUGAGCGGGGAGAGGAGAGAUGCGGAGCUGUUGAGGAGCAGAAACAUCCAGACGACCUGUGAAGCUGAACAUGUCUCCUCUCUGAGUUUUCAGCAGCUGUUUGAUUUGUAGCUGGUGCCAUUACAGCACACUUCACCCUGAGCCACCACCCUGCUCACACACUUCACAGCUCCGACCAGUGACAAACCAGUGUUGGAACAUGACGGGUCAGACUGUGGAAGGCAUCACCCAGGACCUGUCAGCGUCCUCACUGCUGGCUGCAGAUGGACCAGGGUCCAGGCCUCUGGAACAGGCUGUGUCCUUCACUGAUGAGGCUGUUUCCAUCCUGGCCUCCACAAGCCAGCUGGCUCAAACCCUCCUCAGUCACACUUUCACCCUCAAACGCAAAGCAAGCCUUACCAACACUGAAGCAAAGGCUGGUAGCAGCUGUGAUGAAGACAGCAGCAGCAGUAUACGCCGCAGACGAGAGUUCAUCCCUGAGGAAAAGAAAGAUGACGGCUAUUGGGACAGGAGGAAAAAAAAUAAUGAGGCAGCCAAGCGGUCCAGAGAGAAGCGGCGAGCCAAUGAUAUGGUGGUAGAGAGACGACUCCUGGGCCUGCUGGAGGAGAACGCCCGCCUGAGGGCCGAACUGUUGGCUCUGAAGUUUCGCUUCGGCCUGGUCAAGGACCCAUCUGAUGUUUCCAUCCUACUUCCGUCCCCAGCACCCACUACAACACAUCACUACCAGCCUAACACUGAUGGAUCCUCAUACGCCAACACACCACACAACACCCACAAUGUCCACCCUCCACAGCAGGGUGCCAUCUAUGGACCGAGAGGAGCUGGGCCUUUGCCAAGUCAUAGUGUAUCCGGGGAGUCCAGUGUCUCCACCUCACGUAGCUCAAAUGUGAGCAGCCCCGUGUUUUAUGACGACACACUGAGUGAGCGAAGUGGCCCCUCUCCAAGGGAGCUGGUGGAGGAGCAGCGGAGCUAUGAACCCCACAUCCUUUCACUGGAGGUCAAUGAAAGUCAGUACACUAACAGACGAGAUUCAGCAGAGUGUUUGAAAAGUCUCCCGCACAAGCUCCGCUUCAAAGGGCCUGCUGGUUGCAGUGAUGGAGGAGAGAUGUCUCCAUCCUCUGAUACUAGACAUGGCGGACCACCUGUAGCCACAGUGUGGCCGAACAUCCAGGUGAGGAACCACCAGCAGGCAGGAUGGGACAGUCACACAGAAAAUCAGGCUCCAUGGUCCAGUGAGGAGGCCUGUGGUGGACUUGAGCAGCAGUAUCAGGGUCCGUCCUCUGUACAUUAUAACUCCUCCUCUCUGCAGAACUCUGGAGACACCAAGAAUUCAACAGAGGACGUUAGUAUCAGGUCUCAGAUCAGCUGUUUGUCUCAGGAAGUGGCUCAGCUCAAGAGGCUCCUCUCUGAGCAGAUGCUCUCCAAGAUCGCUUAAAGCCUGAGCACAAGGACUAAAGUUAGUAGACCGAUUUCACACUACAUCUUUACAUCGAUCUCAUAAACUGCUGACCUCCGCAGGACAGCCUCGGUGUGGACAGCUACCUCUGGACCUUAUUUACAACCCUGUUUCACUGGAAAGACUCAGUUUAGGAGCUUGUUUGUCCUGUGAUGGUCAGCACACCACUUCCAGAAACUACCAACUACCAACACAUUUAACUUUUGAAAUACUUUAGAUUAAUGCUUAGGCAAAAGUGAUUUCUGUGAUUUCUAUGUGAGUCAUCACAUGUCCUUUGGCAAUGUUGAUUUCCUGACAUUAGGAAGAUGCUGUACAUUUUUGAAUACUUGAUUGAACAGGUCUGUCACGAACACUGGAUGUGAACAUGUCAGACACAACACAAAACACACAGUUAGAGUUUGUAACACUUUAUACUCGUCAUGUUCAUUUGAGUCAUGUGAAAUGCCAUUUCUGUCUGUGUGACAACAUACAGUGUGUAGGCAUUUCAGCACAAAUACUGUAUAUCAGUAUUAUGUGCUGACCCAAAGAGGAAGAAAAAUGACUUUGGACACUUUUUUGCCGUGAAAUUGUUUUGUGACUUUGUAUUGUUUACUGUAUCUGAUUUAUGUUAUGACAGCAAGGUACAUACAACUUUAUAGUUAAUCUUUCCAUCAUCUCAUCGCACCAACCAGACCGCCGGUAUUUGCUUUCACCUUGUUAGUCUGUGUGUGUCAUGGAUGUAUAAAGAGAACUGGAUACAGCUUUGGAGACAGGGCCCCGUUCAAGCCUACAAAGGUUGCUCAGUGGCACAUGAAGCCAAAAAGGUUUAACUGCCGUGUAUAAAAUUAUGUGGCCCAUAGAGCAGGCACACUUAGCACUGGUUUAGCACUCUGCUAACUUGAUUGGGGUUAAAAAUGAUCCAAUCGUGUGGCUCUUUUAGGCUUUUUAAAUGUUAUCGGAACAUAUAAACCAAAGUCUGAUAGUGAAACAUCAUUUUGCAGGGGUUGUGAAGCUCAAAAAUUGUAUCCACUGAUCUACAGAUGUCUCAAAUUGAAGUCUGUAGGUAAAAGUCUUUUGCAGCCUCAUGGCAUCACAUGACGGAUGAUAUUCUGCUGUUGUUCAAAGCCUACCACACUUCCUGUAGGCCUUGUGUAUGAAUGUGUGUCAUCAUGGCAUAUUGUGGUCCUGAUGACACCUAUUGUAGCAGGAACCACAAUGAUAACUUCACUACCAUAAAAGAUGCAGUCACAAAACUUUACAAUCGUGUAGAUGAAAUCAAAAUUAAGGGCAGAGAUUGAAGAAGGGUUUGGUCUGAGCAAGAGGGCUAAAAGUAGAGGGGGUAGGAAGUAUGUAAGGGUCCAUUGGCUCCGCCCCUUUAUACUCCUGGCUCACAAGUUGAGGAUCACUGUAUCACGGCUGGAGUGAUCCCAUUGCAACAUGGUCUCUAGUUAAGAACUAUAGUUGAAGUAAACGGUACUUGAAAUAUUUUAUAGAAACAACUGGUAUAUCUUUAUUGACAGUGUUUUUUUCAAUGCAUUUAGUUUCACUGUUUGAGCAGAGAAUAUAGUAUAAAGAAUGUGAAAUCGUGCCGUGUGAGGCUGGGGUGCCAUCUUUGAGGUAUGUGCUUUGUUAAUUCUUUGACUUAAGUGUGUGCAUUCAAUCCAAAGACGAGACAGCUUGCAGUAUCCAUGUAUGUGAGCAGAGGUUGGGGUCUGUAAUCCCCCUGGAGUGCCAAGUCAUAUGAAUCUAUGUAGUCCAUUAGUUUGUCCAAAGACAGUUGUGUAAGCAUGGACCUCACAAGAUGGCACCCCCUUUUGAAACAUUUAACAAGGCACAAUGUGAACUUCACAUCCUUUGUACACUGUCUUUGAGAUUGUAUGGCUUUAUUAAAUGAUGCAAAAUCAUCACAUGAAACGAGUGUGACAGUUAAAGUGAUAAAAUUUCUUAAAUUGAAAAUAGUGCUGUUCUGUUUCUGUUCUAAAGGCCUGACUUCAUUUUAACGACACAGCCACAAACAUGCAUCAUGCAAGAGAGUCUUUAAUCUUUUCUUUGACUGCAUUUUGCAUUACAUCACAGGCCAAGAGAGACUGAAGAAAGAGCUAACCCAGCUGGGGCAGAGAGAGCAGUGGUAGGUGUGGCGCUAGUGGGGAGAGGUGCACUGCGCAAGAGUGUGGACAUGUCACAAAUUUCAUUUUCAGCUGAUAUCUGAAUUUCAUGU